UUGCAGCCAGGCCCGGGGCUGGCCACUGGCGGGCACUGCUCCACGAUGGCCUCCCAGCCACCGCGCCUUUCCUGCUCCCUCAAAUACCGGGACAAGGAUUGGAAGACAUGCUCCCCAAUAUACCCGGGCAAGGGUGGGAAGAAAGCGCCCCGGGAAAGCAGUGUGCAGCCGCCCUUGGUCCCAGCCGCGGAUGGCGCCCCGGGACGCAGAAGGCUGCCUUUGGUGACCCUGGUCAAGGCCAUGGUUCGCUUCAAGAGGCUGGCCUCGGAGAUCCGGCGGGGUCACAUACUGCCCUCCCUCAACCCCCUGGCCACGGAACAACCGAAAAUGCCCGAGAAGCGCCCAAUGCCUGAAAGGACGUUCUGGGGCGACCAGGAGCCCCUCUCCAAGAUUCCAUUUCAAAUUCUGACUGGACACCAGCACCUUGUGAGUUCUUGCCACUUCUGUGUGGAUGACACAAAGCUCCUCAGCAGCUCCUUUGACUGCACCGUGAAGCUGUGGGAUGCGAUGGAGGGAUCUAUUAUCCGGGAUUUUGACGACGGGCCCAAGGCUCCUAUUUUGGAGUGCAGUGUCACGGCUGACAGCAGAAGACCCUAUGCUCGUCAUGCUAUUUCCAGAAUUACUGCGGCGGCCUACGACAAAACUCUGAGGACCUGGGACCUUGAAACAGGCAAGCUGCUGUGGAAGAUCAGACAUGAAGGCUUCAUAACCUCCUGUAACUUUUCUCCUGACGGUAAAUAUGUGGUCUCGGGCUUGGAUGUGGAUCGUGGAAUCUGUAUAAUAGACGCAAGAAACGCCACGACUGUGUCGCACAUCAAAGAUCAUCACAAAAGAUCAGUCACAGGCUGCUGCUUCGACCCUGAUAGCCAGAAGGUGGCUUCCGUCUCACUGGACAAGAGCAUCAAGAUCUGGGAUAUUACAUCCCAGGCCACCCUGUUCACCAUCAACAAGGCACAUACCAAUGCAAUCUCAAGCUGCUGUUUUACCUUCAGCGGCCAUUUCCUGUGUACAAGUUCUUGGGAUAAAACCUUAAAAAUAUGGAACGUCCAUACAGGGGAGUUUCGAAACCGUGGAGCCUGUGCAACUCUGAUGCACGGCCAUGAAGGUUCUGUGAGUUCCUGCCACUUUGCCAGAGACACAUCUUUUCUCGUGUCUGGAGGGUUCGACAAGACUGUGGCUAUUUGGGAUGUAGGAGAAGGCUACCAGAAGCUCUCCUUGAAGGGCCAUAAUGACUGGGUGAUGGAUGUUGCCAUUAGCAACAACAAGAAAUGGAUCCUGUCUGCUUCAAAGGAUAGGACCAUGAGACUAUGGAAUAUUGAAGAAAUUGACCAAAUUCCUUUGGUAAUCAAGUGCAAAAAGGCCAUGGGCUUAAAGGUGAAACAGUGCGAAGCAUGUGAAAAGCCUUUCUCCACCUACGACAGUGACGUCUUUUCUGAAACAGUCACCAAAUGUGUGUUCUGCCGGAUGGAUGCAAGUUUGUCAGCAGAGGCCCCCUCAUCAUCAGAAAAGGACUCACCCACAAGGGAGUGCGGUGUGGGCGAUGACCACUGGGCCCUUUGAGUGACUUGAGCCCGGGCCAGCGCUCGUGUAGGUUCCAGGGCUGCAAGGACCUUUCUCUGGGCCCUUCCCUGGCUGGGUGGGCCUGUCACACUGGGGCAGGGGCCAGGCCCUCGCUGGGCGCCCACCGCUGUUCCCCCUCAGCUACACACACCCUAUCGAACAGGAUCGGAUACUUUUAGUUUUUCAGGCAGAAUAAACCUAGGUCCUUUU